AUGGCGUUGCUCUGCGGGCAAGACGAAGUGAAACUAGAGGAGGAGCGGCAGGAGGAGCGGGUGAAGCAGGAGGUGAAGCAGGAGGAGGAGCAGCAGGAGGAGCGGGUGAAGCAGGAGGCUGCGGAGCAGCAGCAGCAGCAGCUCGGCAACGAGCGGAGGCUGCGUCCUCGGCACAGAGCGAGCAGCAAUGGGGGGCCGACGCGGCUGCGCCGGCACCUCGCGACCGGGCACCGGCGGAGCCUCGCCUGCGAGCGCUGCCCCAAGAGGUUCUCGCGGGAGGAGGAGCUCGGCCUACACCGGCAGACGGACUGCGAGCGCAGCAUCCAGUGCUUUACAUGUGAGAAGUCAUUCAAGAAGCUGUGGUACCUGCAGCAGCACAUGAAAACUGUGCACAGCCCCGCAGAGAGGAACGUUGCCUGUGACAUCUGCGGAAAGAAAUUCUACACCCUGGCCCAGGUCAAGAAACAUCUGGUCGCUCACCGCGAGGACAUGCCGUACACGUGCGAGACCUGCGGCAAGUCCUUCAAACGCAGCAUGUCCCUCAAGGUGCACAGCAUGAAGCACUCGGGACUCCGGCCGUACAAGUGCAAGAGCUGCACUGAGUGCUUCAUGUAUCGCUAUCAGCUGAGAAACCACAUGAGUGUGCACGUGGGACACAAGGAGUUCAUGUGCCAGUGGUGUGGGAAGGACUUCAGCAUGAAGCAGUACUUUGAUGAGCACCUCAAGGUACAUACAGGCGAGAAGCCGUUUGCGUGUGACGCGUGCGGGAAGCGCUUCACGAGCCGCCCCAACAUGAAGCGGCACCGCCGCACACACACGGGCGAGAAGCCGUACGCGUGCGAGGGCUGCGGCCUGCGCUUCCGCUUCUCCAACAUGCUGAAGGCACACGCCGAGCGCUGCCUGCUGGCACUCGAGAGGGUGGCGGCGGCAACGGCGGCCGUGAACGGGCAGCACUUUGUCCCUCCGGCCUUCCAUACCACACCGAGCAUCAUGGUAUGGUGGCUGAACACAGCGUGGAUUAAACAAAAGUUUGGAGAAAUUAGUGAAGUUAACGAGGAUAGCACCCACGCUAAUAGUUCUAGAAGAAAGAUAAGGAGACGACCGACCACCCUUAACGAGGUGGAGGCGUAUUGUCUGGAUGUUUGUUUUAUUCGCAUUCUGCACAAUGACGCUGACGAUUCCAACGGCAGCAGCAACCGCGGGAUGUCCAGCAGCAGCAGCUGA